AUGUUGACGGCUGCUGCAGCGGUGCGGUGCGCAGCGCCAUCAGUGCGGUGCUUGCCAGCAUUGCGGACCACACUCCGACCCGUUCAGCCGGCAUGGCUUCGAUGUUCUUCCACCUCGACCUCUUCUUCUGACUCUCACACCUCAGCGCCAGAGUCCGGAGCUGCGCCAUCACCAUCAUCGUCAUCGCCUUCGUCUUCCUCCUCGCCUAGCGGACAUACUGGCGCUCCGGAAUCGACAAGCCGCAGCGCACCUGGCGGACCGUCGUUCUCGUUUGAGCCGCCUCGUCCUCGGCGCGGCAAAGUGCGACGGGUGAUGUUCGUGCUUGGCUGGAUCCCCGUGGCCGCAUUCAUCACCUCGCACCUCUUUAGCCUGGGCAACGUGACUGGCGGCUCGAUGUCGCCGACCUUCAACGGGCCGUACGCAGAAGCUUCUGCCGCCAACGCACGCGCCGAUGUCGUACUGCUGAACCGCAGCGUUUCCUACCAGCACAACGAGUUGCGACCCGGCGAUAUCGUCACGCUCAUCUCACCACUCGACCCGCGGCUGCUACUUACCAAGCGUGUGAUCGCGCUUCCUGGAGAUACGGUGCGUGUAUGGGCACCUGGGGCGUCGGCAAGCGCGGGAAAGUGGACCCGAAUCAAGAUCCCGCCCGGCCACGUGUGGGUCGAAGGCGACGCGGCCGUCGACAUUGUGCCACGCAGUUUGGAGAAAGCAGCCAACUCGGCGAGGCUGCCGCCAGGCGUACGCAACAAGAGCCGCGACUCGCGCGAGUUCGGCCCCGUUCCCAUGGGCCUAAUCACAUCCAAGAUCGACUGGAUCGUGUGGCCGCCAAAGCGGUUCGGGCCCCCAGGGCCAAGACCAACGCCAGCACCGCAGAGGACACAGGCGGGCCAGUAUCCGCCGUCGCUAACGGAGCCAGAGGAUCGUUCGACUCAAGUCAACCCGAGUCUCGCCAGGAUCCUGGAUGAGAUGACGCAGCUCGCACCGGGUGCGCGCGCCAAGGCGCAUCCCGAGGACUCGGUCAUCAGUCCGUACAUCGACUGGAACGAUCCGAACGCCGGACCGGACGCAAACGAUGUAGAUGCAGGGACCGCAGAGUUGGGUGCUCAGGGAAAAGCGGGGGAGGUGCGGAAAACGGCGUGGAACAGUCUCAGCAGAGGCGGCCGACUCGGCGACGAUGCCGACUAG